UACCUAACCUAACAUGUCAAAAUCGUCAACCUAAAUUUUAUCAAAAUAAACUUCAUCUUCAAAACAAUCCAUUGUCGUUAUAUCCUUUCUUUUAUUAUUGUAGUGCUGCUAUUCAUUUUAUUUUGUUAACAGCAAAACAUGGUCUGCGAUAAAUGCCAAGCAAAAUGUGGAAAAGUAAUCACUCCCGAUCCUUGGAAAACUGGAGCUAGAAACACCACAGAAUCUGGAGGGCGACGAGUAAAUGAAAAUAAAGCUUUGACUUCAGCAAAAAAUCGAUUCAAUCCGUAUACGACGAAAUUUGAAACUUGCAGGAUAUGUAGGCAAAAAGUUCACCAAGUUGGAUCACAUUACUGUCAGGCAUGUGCCUACAAAAAAGGAAUAUGUGCCAUGUGUGGAAAGAAAAUAAUUAGUACCAAGAAUUAUAGGCAAUCCUCUGUGUGAAAAUACUUUACGUGAAUGGGAGAGUCAGAGUUAGAUGUAAUAAAGGGUCAUAUGAGUUUCAUCUUCGUUAUUUUUGAGUGAAUAGUUUAAAAAAUUAAAUAGAUGCUUAAAAAUGACAGGUGAAAGUGCAAGAUAUGUUUUACUGUAUUAUAAAUAGUUUUUCAUUUUGUUUUUAAAUAAAAAUGGUAGGGAGAAACAUUAGAAUUAGGAAUAAAGAACUUUUGUAUUUUGUUUUUAUUAUAUAUGGUAUAUUUAUUAAAUUAUAGUUUGUGUAAACUAUGGAUAUUGAGGAACUUCUUUCACUAUGUUUAUUUCUAUGAAUAAAUUGUGUGUUUGUAUAUUUUUAAGCAUAUCUUUUUGUAAUCAGUAAAUGUAAAUAAAAAUAUUCUUAUUUA